GUGUGUGUGUGUGUGUGUGUGAGAGUGUGUGAUAUCAGUGUGUGUGUGUGUGAGAAAGGCCCAUGUGGAGAGACAGCGGCUCGGCUCAGACCUGCGGGGACACAGCGGCGGCUCUUAUGCGGCGGAGAGUGAGCGGACAGCAGUGAGCAGCAUGCUGAAGGAGGCUGUGGAGAGCCAGAGCACGGCGGUCUUCACCGCCCUCGCCGGAUCGGUACAAGUGCAGGUAGAACCGGUGGGCCGCUGGUUUGAGGCGUUUCUGAAACGAAGGAUUCGAAAUGUAUCCGCCUCAUUCCAAGAGCUGGAGGAGGAAGAGGAAUUAUCAGAGGAGGAGGAAGAUGAGGAGCUGCAGCUGGAGGAAUAUCCCAUGCUGAAGACACUGGACCCCAAAGACUGGAAGAAUCAAGAUCACUAUGCUGUACUGGGUUUGGCUCAUUUGAGGUACAAGGCAACCCAGAAACAGAUCAAAGCUGCUCAUAAAGCAAUGGUGCUGAAACAUCAUCCGGACAAAAGAAAAGCAGCAGGCGAGCAGAUAGUGAAAGGAGACAAUGAUUAUUUCACCUGCAUAACUAAAGCAAUAGAGAUUCUGUCAGACCUUGUGAAGCGACGAGCGUUUGACAGUGUGGACCCCACCUUUGAUAACGCAGUGCCGUCCAAGGCAGAAGGCAAAGAAAACUUCUUUGAAGUGUUUGCUCCUGUUUUUGAGAGGAAUGCGAGGUGGUCCACUAAAAAACAAAUCCCCAACCUUGGAUCCAUGGAGUCAUCGUUUGAGGAAGUGGAUAAUUUCUAUUCUUUUUGGUACAACUUUGACUCAUGGAGAGAAUUUUCAUACUUGGAUGAAGAGGAAAAAGAAAAGGCAGAAUGUCGAGAUGAAAGAAGAUGGAUUGAGAAGCAGAACCGGGCAUCUCGAGCCCAGAGGAAGAAGGAAGAAAUGAAUAGGAUACGAACACUUGUGGAUACCGCAUACAGCUGCGACCCAAGAAUAAAGAAAUUCAAGGAGGAGGAGAAAGCCAGGAAGGAAUUGGAGAAGAAGGCCAAAGCUGAGGCCAAGAAGAAAGAGCAAGAGGAAAAGGAGCGGGCUCGACAGGCAGAGUUGGAAGCAGCUCGUUUGGCUAGAGAGAAGGAGGAAGAAGAGGCCAAACAGGCAGCCCAGCUGGCCAAGAAAGAGAAGGAGGCCCAGAAGAAAGCCAUCAAGAAAGAGAGACAGAAACUCAGGACAACAUGCAAGAACUAUAAUUACUUUGUGGAUACGGAGGCGGAGAGUGUGAAGAUGAUGGAGGACGUUGAGAAGUUGUGUGAUCGAUUAGAACUUAUCAGUUUACAGAACUUGAAUGAGGUUUUAGCAUCAGGCAAUAAGGAGCAGAGUAGAGCUGCCGUAGAAAAACAGGUGCAGGAAGUGAAUGCGCAGCUGCAGCGUGAGCGAGAGGCUGAGGUGAAGGCCCAGCAGGCGGCGCGCAGCUUAGACCAGUCCAGUAUCGGCACCGGAGGUAGCAAAGGCUGGAACGAGGAGGACGUGCAGCUGCUUAUCAAAGCGGUCAACCUGUUUCCUGCUGGAACCAAUGCCAGAUGGGAAGUAAUUGCCAACUACAUGAACUUGCAUUCAAGUAGUGGCAUUAAAAGAACCGCCAAAGAUGUUAUUAAUAAAGCUAAGACUCUACAGAAACUAGACCCUCACCAAAAGGAUGAAGUUAACAAAAAGGCCUUUGAGAAGUUUAAGAAAGAGCAUGCAGCUGUUCCCUCAUCUGUAGACAAUGUUGUGCCUUCAGAACGGUUCGAUGGCUCAACCGGUGACUCUGCUCCCUGGACAACAGAGGAGCAAAAGCUCCUCGAACAGGCUCUUAAGACCUACCCUGUCAGCACUCCCGAGAGAUGGGACAAGAUUGCAGCCACUGUGCCUGGACGCACCAAGAAAGAUUGUAUGAAAAGAUACAAAGAACUUGUGGAGAUGAUUAAAGCAAAGAAAGCUGCCCAGGAACAAGUUGCUGCUAAGAGUAAAAAAUGACAAAUUAACCACAAGAAAUGAACCACAUGCACACACAGCUCCAUGUUCUUUUAACGUUAUUGUGUUGUUCUUUAUUUUAUAAUAAAAUUAAAGGAAAAUGCACAGACUA